AUGACAUUCGAAAUCAAUGAAUUUCCGCUGACAUUACUGGAAAUAAGUGCAAAAUAUGGAGCAAACGAAUGUUUUAACUUCCUUAUAGCAAAUGGGGCAUCCUUCAAUGCCACACUCACAAAAUAUGCAAUUGAAGGCGGAUCAUUUUCUAUCAUUCAUUUCUGUGAGCAACAGAAUUUAGCAUUUGAUUUUGAUUGCUACAGAAUUGCAAUUCAAAGCCACAAGAACAACAUUGCUGAUUGGCUUUUGACCCAUUAUCAAUGCGCAGUCGUUCAAAUUCCUGAUUGCGUACAUUACAGGAAUACAUUAGCCGCACUCUUUUCAUAUCAAAAUGGAUGUGAUAUUCAAUUCAAAUCAACUGCAUUAAAUGAAACAUGCUUCACAGAAGCAGCAAAGUGCGAAAACUUAGCUUUAGCAAAAUAUUUCAGAAGUAAAGGUGCUGUUAUCGACAUCAAUCUGGGCAGAGAACCAGGAGAAUCACCACUCAUCAGAGCUUGCAGGAAGAACAACUAUGAGCUGAUCCAGUUCUUACUCGAUUUAGGGGCAGAUGUGAACUUUGUUGCAGGAGAAAUGAAGUAUAUCCAGUAUAAUGCAAUUGCCUACGCUUGCAAUACAAAUAAUUAUGAAAUGGCGAAAUAUUUUAUCGAAAGGCAUGCAGACGUUAAUUCUAUCACUAUCGAUACACAAGGAAUGAGAACAAUGUUUGCAGGAUCAAGCGUAAGGUUCUUUAAGACGCCUCUUUGGAUCACUUGCAUGCAUGGAUACUACGAUAUUGUCAAAUUACUUGUUGAACACGGAGCAAAUAUAUUGAUAUUAUAUUGA